CCGGCGGUGUCGGAGCCGAGGAGAGCCUCACCAGCGCGGCUCUCUUGUUGCGGGCGAUCCGGUCCAGCUGCUCCGGGGACAGAGGCGCAGGAGGCGGGCUGCGGGGCUCCGGCUCCCCCGCACAGGGCUUCUGCUUCUUCUGCACAAUUUUAGUGUAUUGGGCAAAACACAGGGCAGCUUACUGCAAUGGACAACUUUGUGAUGGGAGAACAGAGUAAACGCUCUUGUUCCACUGAUGUCCGAAGAAGUCCAAGGAAGAAGAUUAAAGUGGAGAAAAGUGAGAGGAUGAAGGAGGAGGAUCCUGAGGAAGAAGAGGAUGCAGUUUUAGCAGAGUUCGCUCAUCCUGUUCCCUGGAGAAAAAUCGAGGCGGACGGACUGGACUGUGAUUAUGCACUGCUCUUCUCUAAACAGGAAGCGGACCAGCUUUUCAAACAGCUGGAGGAGGAGGUGGUCUACUCAACAGGAGAGGCAGCAAAGGUGCAGGUGUUUGGAAAGGUGCACGAUAUACCGAGAAAGCAGGCAACAUAUGGAGAUGAGGGUCUAAAUUACACUUAUUCUGGGGUGAAACAUUCGGCCCGCCCAUGGACUCCAACCCUGGAACAGAUUCGGGAUGCUGUGACCAGAACAACAGGAUGGACAUUCAACUUUGUCUUGCUCAACAGGUACAAAGACGGGCAGGACCACAUUGGUGAGCAUCGGGAUGACGAGAGGGAGCUGGACCCGGUUUCUCCCAUCGCCUCGGUCUCUUUCGGAGCAGCUCGAGACUUCAUCUUCAGACAUAGAGACGCUCGAGGGAAGCAGAGCAGCCAACAGAUUGAACCUGUGAAGCUGGAGCUCGCUCAUGGAAGCCUGCUGCUCAUGAACCCGCCGACCAACACCUUCUGGUACCACAGUCUUCCUGUUCGCAAGAAGGUUCUCUCGCCUCGCAUCAACCUCACCUUUAGACGCAUCCUGCAGGGCAGCAAGAAAUGAAAACAAGCCGAGUGUACAUUGUGGGCUGGACCAGAUGUACUGCUGCCCAAGGAACACUAAGAGACAAUGGAGCUUCAGUUUAGCCUCGUCAGAAGUCCCCUGGCACAUCAAGUAAUCUCACAUCUAAAGUGUGUUUGUUGAUGUUGCAGCUGAAUCUGACACAUUAAAUAGGAGCACGAGGUGAGAUAAGUGUGGACUGUCAACACAUUUUUCACCACUUAAGCUUAUUUUAGAAGCUGGAAACCUCAAUAAAAACCUCAUUCCAUCACAAACCAUCACAUUUUUAGAAGUAUUUCUGCUUGACCUUCUCUGAUUUGCCUGGAAUUUUUAUAAGCAUAUAAUAUGGAUAUUUAUAAAGAUACUUGUGAAAGUUUAGGUCAAUAUGUCAAAUGCCUUCAGAGGUUUUUCCUUUUAUAAAAACACACACACACACACAUCAAACUAAAAUUUUAAAGAUAGUAUUUUAAAUAUUCAUAUUUUUUGUGAAAAAUAAUCAUGCAAAUCAGAGAUAGGCAAGCAGAAGGGCCCUGAUGAUCCGAGAUGGAAAAACCCCUGAAAAAUUCAGUCUUGCUGAGUAUCUUACAUUACUGGUUCGCAUUCCAUUUCACCUACUGAGACAACAUUCAACUAAUUGUGACAGAGCAGUAAAAUGAAGUCUUUAAUCUGUGUUGUGUUGGAAGGACAGUUGAAAUAACAGUGAAAGAUGUCACUUUUUUGAAUUACACUCCGUAGAUUAUGUGCUUGGUAGAAACUCUGCUGGGUUUAGUUAAAGAGGGCUGCUGAUGUAUUCAUUUGUCCAUGUAAACUUUGUAGGAUUUCAACAAGAAAUCAACAUUGAAGUUCAUUUUCUGGCCUUGGAAACAGUUUGAUACACUGAUCUUAACUCAACAUCCAAUUCUGUCCUUUUUCCAGAGCUUUAAAAACUCUCAAGGUUUUGUAAGUGGGUGGAAUUUUCAAAGUCCACUUAACCAAAUAUUAUUUUGGCAGUCUCUGCAUUUAGCAUCCCUUUAAACUAUGUAUUUUAUUUAUUCUUUUGAGAGAUUUUCAGCUUGUGAGAUUCAGUGUUUUUGUCAAGGCUUCAGAUAGUUCGUGCUUGUCUCACUGACAUCCUCUACUGUCUUAAAAGUAGCAAAUUCUUACCUUGCUUUAAUAAACAAAAACACUAAAAGUUCA